AUGUCUUCAAUGCGUCUUCUACGACUUCCCACCAGCACUAGGCUCUGCCUCCCCCGGCACCGCGCCUUCCCUCCAAGGCUCCCCACAUACUUUCAGCCCGCGACAUCCUUUCACCUCGUUCGCUCCCUCGCAACAUCUUCCAAUGUUCCAGCAUCUUCGCCAGUUCAAAAUCUCACUGAACAGAUCGUGCAAAACUAUGCUGUCAACCUCCCUCCUGGCAAAGCCGUCCACUCGGGCGACUACGUUACGAUCCGUCCACAUCACUGUAUGACCCACGACAACUCCUGGCCUGUCGCCCAGAAGUUCUUCUCGAUUGGUGCUACGGCAAUUCACAACCCUAAGCAAGUCGUUAUGACCCUCGACCAUGACGUCCAGAACUCGUCAGAAUCAAAUUUGAGGAAGUACAAAAACAUUGAGGAAUUGGCAAAGAAGCAGGGCGUAGACUUCUACCCAGCUGGAAGGGGUAUUGGACAUCAGAUCAUGACUGAGGAAGGAUACGCGUGGCCAGGAACCCUUACAGUAGCGAGUGAUUCACACAGCAACAUGUACGGAGGUAUCUCGUGUCUUGGAACCCCAAUUGUCCGUACCGACGCCGCAUCUAUCUGGGCUACUGGACAGACAUGGUGGCAGAUCCCACCGGUUGCGAAUGUGAAGCUUCAGGGUGUUCUCCCUAAGGGUGUUACUGGAAAGGAUGUUAUUGUUGCCCUUUGCGGACUCUUCAACAACGACGAUGUCCUCAACCACGCCAUUGAGUUCACAGGAUCCGAAGAAACCCUUCAGUCACUCCCCAUCGAUGACCGCCUCGCAAUUGCCAACAUGACCACUGAAUGGGGUGCUCUCAGUGGUCUCUUCCCUAUGGAUUCCGUCCUUAAGAACUGGAUGCUUCAGAAGGCUCGCGAACACUCCGCCCGCCUCAAGGGCGCUACUCACUCCCGUCUCACAAACGAGAAGAUCGCAGAUCUGUUUGAGAACAAGAAGCUCGCCGCACACCCAGACGCUACCUACGCAAAGACGCUUUCUCUCGAUCUCGGAACCCUUUCUCCCCAUGUCGCAGGGCCAAACUCCGUCAAGAUUGCCACGCCGCUUCACGAGCUUGAGGCCCAGAAGGUUGCAAUCCAGAAGGCCUACCUCGUCUCAUGCACCAACUCCCGUGCUUCUGACAUCGCUGCCGCUGCCGCCGUCUUCAAAGCUAAUCCCACCGCAAAGAUCGCUGACGGUGUGGAAUUCUACAUUGCAGCCGCCUCAACUCUCGAGCAGGAAGUCGCCACUAAAGCUGGUGAUUGGGACACCCUGAUCAAUGCCGGUGCAAAGCCCCUCCCCGCCGGGUGCGGCCCAUGUAUCGGUCUCGGAACUGGUCUCCUUAAGGACGGCGAAGUAGGCAUCUCUGCCACCAACCGUAACUUCAAGGGUAGAAUGGGCUCAAGAGACGCGCUCGCCUACCUCGCCUCCCCCGAAGUCGUGGCCGCCAGUGCACUCAACGGUUACAUCUCUGGUCCCGGAAACUACACUGGUCCCGGCGCUGCUGUGACCCGCUCCCAGGCCGCUACUCCCCCCUCUAGUUCUUCCGGUGCCGCGGCUACCUCAGAGGCACAAGCAGAAACUGAGAUUCUUGAUGGCUUCCCCUCUAAGAUUACCGGCGAGAUCGUUUUCUGCGACGCAGACAACAUCAACACCGACGGAAUCUACCCCGGAAAGUACACUUACCAAGACAACAUCCCACUCUCCCAGAUGGCCGAGGUCUGCAUGGAGAACUACGACCCCAACUUUGCUACUCUAACCAAGGCUGGCGACAUUCUCGUGUCCGGUUUCAACUUCGGUACCGGGUCCAGUCGUGAGCAGGCCGCCACUGCCAUUCUGGCCAGAGACAUGAAGAUGGUUGUUGCUGGUAGCUUCGGAAACGUGUUUAUGCGUAACAGUAUCAACAACGCCCUGAUCACUGUGGAGGUACCAAAGCUCAUUGAGCGACUAAGGGCAACCUUCGGCGGUGAGAAGGGUGUGGCUACCAGGAGGACCGGAUGGUUCCUGACAUGGGACGUAGCACGGAGGUGUGUGAUUAUCAGAGAGGGUGAUGAGGGUGCUAAGGAGUGGACAGUACCCGUGGGAGAGCUCCCACCGGGUGUCCAGGAGGUGUUUGUUAAGGGUGGUCUGGAGGGAUGGGUUAAAGCAAAGUUGCAGUAG